UUCUUUCCGGCCAACUUUACCAAUGGAUGAUUAACAAUAAUAUUUUCUUUCUUCUUCGACUACUUUUUUCAUGACAUUCCCUUCACCUCUGUAAUCUCUGUUCUCUGUGCACAGAUAGGGUUAGAGCGAGAGAGAGAAAGAGAGAGGGUUAGCACUUAGCAGUAGACACUGCUUCGUUGGUUUCGCUCGCUUUUUCGGCUGUGUGUUUCUUUUCUUUGUACAUAUUCGGUCGACGCUUCACCCAUCAUCUCCAUCUAAUUCGUCUUCGAAUCAGUUGCCGCCGUCGGAGAUGGCGACGGAGCGGCUUUUGCUCCUCUGCCUAGUCCUUUUCUCUUCACUUCUUCUUCUUCCACGCCACGCCUCAGCUCAGAAGCCAGGUUUUGUGAGUUUGGAUUGCGGGGGUAACGGAAAUUAUACCGAUGAGCUUGGGCUGCAAUGGUCGUCUGACGACGGCCUUAUGUUUGGAGAAACCACAAACAUAUCGGUUGCAAAUGAGACAAGGAGGCAAUACACGACGCUGAGGCAUUUCCCUGCUGAUUCGAGGAAGUAUUGUUACACAUUAGGUGUCACAAGCAGGACGAGGUAUCUGUUGAGAGCGACUUUCCUGUAUGGUAACUUCGACAACAGCAACAACGUGUACCCAAAAUUUGAUGUCUCAGUUGGAGCAACACGCUGGUCGACCAUUGUUAUUUCUGACGCUAACACGGUCGAGUCUAUAGAGCUCAUAUUUCUGGCUUCUACUCCUAAUAUCAGUGUGUGCUUAUCCAAUGCUACAACUGGCCGGCCUUUCAUAUCUACCCUCGAGCUCCGACAAUUCAAUGGUUCCGUUUAUUACACACCAUCUGAAAACCAGUUUUACCUCAGUGUCUCUGCCAGAAUCAAUUUUGGCGCAGAUAGCGCAGCUCCGGUCAGGUAUCCUGAUGACCCAUUUGAUAGACUAUGGGAAUCUGACACACUGAAGAAAGCAAACUAUCUUGUUGAUGUUGCUGCGGGUACCCGGAAAGUGUCCACAAAGAUGCCAAUUGCUGUAAACAGAGAUGAAAUGCCUCCUGAGAAAGUGAUGCAGACAGCUGUAGUUGGCACCAAUGGAUCACUAACCUAUCGGUUGAACCUGGAUGGUUUUCCUGGUGAUGGUUGGGCUUUCACCUACCUUGCAGAAAUUGAAGAUUUGCUUCCUCAAGAAUCCAGAAAGUUCAGGCUAGUACUUCCAGGGAACUCUGAUCUGAGCAAAGCCAUUGUUAACAUCCAGGAGAAUGCUCAAGGAAAAUAUCGUCUCUAUGAACCAGGAUAUACCAAUAUAUCCCUCCCCUUUGUUUUGUCAUUUAGAUUUGGUAGGACUUCUGAUUCAACAAAGGGGCCGCUGUUGAAUGCCAUGGAGAUAAACAAGUAUCUCGAGAUCAAUAAUGGAUCCCCAGAUGGAGAUGUUAUCAAUAAUGUGGUUUACCUAAACCCGUUAGCGGAUUGGGCAAAGGAAGGUGGUGACCCGUGUCUUCCAGUUCCUUGGUCAUGGGUCCAGUGUAACUCCGAUGAACGACCAAGAAUAACUAAAAUCUCCUUGUCUGAUAAGAAUUUGACUGGAAACAUUCCUUCAGAUUUGACAAAGUUGUCAGGCUUGGUUGAACUAUGGCUUGAUGGGAACUCACUCACUGGACCGAUUCCUGAUUUUAGUGGAUGUCCAAACCUGGAGAUCAUCCAUCUGGAGAAUAAUCAGUUGACUGGCCAGUUGCCUUCGUAUUUGGGAGACCUUCCAAAUCUGAGGGAGCUGCACGUGCAAAACAAUAUGUUAUCUGGAACAGUACCAUCAGGCCUCCUUAACAAAAAUAUAGAAUUGAAUUAUUCAGGAAACAUCAAUCUUCAUGAAGGGGGUGGCAGAGCAAAAAAGAAGAGCAUGAUUAUUGGUUUAUCAGUGGGAGCAGCGGUUCUGCUAAUAGCCUUAAUUGCAGCUUGGAUAUUUAUGCAGAGAGGGAAGAAAAAGCAUUCUGAUCAAGACAAACUACAAGGAGCCUUGGCUGUUCAGAAGGUAGUUUCUGGCUUAAGUGAUGCUACUGCAGAAGGGGCACAUUACUUUACUUACUCUGAUAUCAUAGAAGCAACCAAAAAUUUCGAGAAGAAAAUAGGCUCUGGAGGUUUUGGCGUUGUUUAUUAUGGAAAAACAAAGGAUGACAAGGAAAUUGCUGUUAAAGUGCUAACCAGCAAUUCAUAUCAAGGAAAGCGAGAGUUUGUAAAUGAGGUCACUCUUCUCUCAAGGAUACACCACAGAAAUUUGGUGCAGUUUCUGGGUUGUUGUCAAGAAGAAGGCAAAAGUAUGCUUGUUUAUGAGUACAUGCACAGUGGAACUCUCAAGGAACAUCUUUAUGGGCCUCUAAUACAGGGAAGAAACACCAAUUGGAUUCAGCGCCUAGAGAUUGCUGAGGAUGCAGCAAAAGGGAUUGAAUACCUUCACACGGGUUGCGUCCCGGCCAUUAUCCAUAGGGAUCUCAAGACCAGCAAUAUUCUUCUUGACAAACAGAUGAGAGCAAAGGUGUCAGAUUUUGGCCUUUCGAAAAUUGCGGCUGAUGGGGCUUCUCAUGUCUCGAGCAUCGUUCGGGGCACUGUUGGCUAUUUGGAUCCUGAGGUACUAUAUCUCUCAGCAGCUAACGGACAAGAGCGAUGUGUAUAGUUUUGGGGUCAUUCUCCUGGAGCUGAUGUCCGGUCAAGAGGCCAUAUCCAAUGAAAACUUCGGCAUUAACUGCCGUAACAUCGUUCAAUGGGCAAAGCUACACAUUGAGAGCGGCGACAUCCAAGGAAUCAUCGACCCGAUACUGGGGGACGAAUACGACAUUCAGUCGAUGUGGAAGAUAGCAGAGAAGGCUCUGAUGUGCGUCCAGGCGCAUGGCCACAUGAGACCUUCCAUUUCGGAAGUUCUGAAGGAGGUCCAAGACGCCAUCUCCAUCGAGAGGGAAGCCAAGGCGACCAGAGAAGGCGUCUCGGACGACAUGUCGAGGACGUCAGCUCAUUCUUCUCUCAACACGGACAUGGGCGGAGGAGCAGACAAUUUCCUUUCUCUGGGUGACUCCAUGGCUAGGCCAACCGCAAGAUAGCGUGGCUCCUGUACCGGCAAAGUAUAACUUGUGAUAUUCUUUCGACAGUGUUGUUAAUUGGGCCGCUCGCUUUCUGAUUCACUAUACAUAUGUGUUCUUUGCGGAUUAGAAAAGGGGUAGAAAGCUGUAAAUUUUGUUGGAACCUUAUUCUUACUGUCCUCUCUUGUGUUGAUUGUAGAUUUUUGUACCGGUGAAAGAUAUUCACCCCAUUUGUUCCUCAAAAAAUAGGUCCGAAUUCGAAGAUUGGAACCUCUUGGGUUUUGGUAUAUAUGGUCAGCAUGAAACCGUGAUUAUAA